AUGCUAUACCAGCUGCCGCUCUCGCUGUUGGCUUUCCUUCCUCUUCUCUCUGUACGGGCUGCGCCCUACUGCACGCUGAGGCCAUCGAGCGUUUCGUCUUCGUCACCUUCUACUAGCACCUCGGGCUCGAGUCCCACGUCCUCAGGCCCUUCCGGAAGUAGUGGGUCAAACAGUCCAUCCAAUGACCUAGUUGCCAUGAGCUGGUUUACCGGCUGGAAUGCCGCCUCUAAUCCGCCCUUUACUCCCGACAACAUUACCUGGUCGAAGUACAGCACGGUGGCGUAUGCAUUUGCAACGACCACUCCGGAUGUCAAUACGGUGGCGCUGGAGGCGUCUGACGAGGUCCUUCUGCCCCAAUUCGUCGAUCUAGCUCAUCAAAAUAAUGUCAAGGCUGUCCUUACGAUUGGUGGAUGGACGGGCUCACAAUACUUUUCCACUGCUGUCGCCACAUCUGAGAACCGGACUGCGUUUGUCAAUGCUGUUCUUGGGUUGGCGUCGAAGUACAACCUUGAUGGUCUCGAUUUUGACUGGGAAUACCCGGCCCAAACCGGCAUAGGGUGUAACACCAACUCUCCUGACGAUGCCGCCAACUUCCUCUCCUUCCUUCAAGCUCUCCGCGCUGCUGCGUCAAACCUCACACUAUCUGCCGCUGUCGGCGAUAAGCCAUGGACGGGUUCUAACGGUUCGCCCUCAACUAACGUCUCCGCGUUCGCCGCAUCCCUCGACUACAUCGAGGUGAUGAACUACGACGUCUGGGGCUCCUGGUCUCCUACUGUCGGACCCAACUCACCCCUCAAUGACACCUGUGCACCGUCUGCCGACCAGCAGGGGUCCGCCGUGAGUGCCCUCGCCGCGUGGACCGCCGCAGGUUUCCCCGCAAACCAGAUUGUGCUCGGCGUCGCGGGCUAUGGACACAGCUUCGACGUACCGCAGGCGACCGCGUUCGCGAGCGGGAGCACGACCGAGCUCGCAGCGUAUCCGUCGUUCGAGAAAUCAGAUCAGCCGCUUGGUGACAGCUGGGACUCUGACGCGCCUGCGGGCGUGGACCAGUGUGGGGCUGCCACUGGCGGUCCCUCCGGGAUCUUUAACUAUUGGGGUCUCAUCGAAGAGGGCUUCCUCAUGGAUAAUGGCACCGUCGCGCCGGGUAUCGGGUAUCGGUACGACAGCUGUAGCCAGACGCCGUACGUCUACAAGCCGAGCACGCAGGUGAUGGUAUCGUUUGAUAACACCGAGUCAUUCGCUGCCAAGGGCUCUUUCAUCAAAUCUUCCGGCAUGCGCGGCUUUGCUAUGUGGGAUUCUGGAAGCGACUACGAGAAUAUGCUCAUUGAUUCUAUCCGCACUGCUGCUGGUUUGUAG